AUGCAGCCUCUGAACAAGUUGAUGGCUGUCUCAAAACCUCAAAUCCUGACUCUACAUGAACAGAGUGAGGCCCUGAAAGCAAAUGUGUCUUGGCAGCAGGAAUCCAUCCCAGUCAUGGAAACAUGUGACUCUGAGGCCUCUCGUCAGAAGUUCAGACAUUUCCAGUAUUCGGAUGUGUCUGGGCCUCAAGAAGCCCUGUGCCAACUCUGGAAGCUCUGUCUUCAGUGGCUGAAACCAGAGAUUCAUACAAAGCAACAGAUCCUACAGCUGUUGGGACCUGAGAGUCUGAAAACAGGAAAAUCAGUUGAAGUAGAUGAAGUGUUAAAGAAGACACCCUGCAAGGAUUCUGUCCUGCUCCAGAAGGGGAGCAUCAAGGAGAAGGUAGAAGCUGACUCGCUGACUAGCAAUUCCCAGGAACCAAUAUCAUUCAAAGAUGUGAUUGUGGAAUUCAGCGAGGAAGAGUGGGGACAACUGGACCCUGCUGUAAAGAACGUGUACAGGGACGUGAUGCUGGAGAACUAUAGGAACCUGAAUUCAUUGCACCAAGAACGUCUAUUUCCCAAACCUGUUGAGCUCUCCGAGUUGGAAAGUAAGGACAGAAGAUGGAUAAUAGAGCAAGAAAUCCCAAGCACAUCUGUUUUUGACAGAGAGGUGAUUUCAGAAAACCAAGAUUCAGUUACAAAGGAAAGAAUUUCUGGAGAAGAUUCAUCUCAUGGAGUGAUUAUGAGAAGGCUGACUAAAAGUGGACCCCCUUCUUUAGAUGCUUGGACCAGUGAUGAUUGGCUAUACAGGAACCAGGAACAGUGGGACAUAAAUUUGCCAGCAGAAGCUAUUAUUCAUAAGAUAAUUGACACUGAGGAGGGAAACUUUGAAGAUAGUGAGAAUAAAAAAAGCUUAGAUGUUAAAUCAAUUAACUCAAUUUUUGAUGUACAACAGGGAAUUCCUAUGAAAAAAGGGUUCUCAAAAUGUGAUAAGUUUAAAACUAACUUCAAAUUUAAUUUAGAUUCAGUAGGUAAGCAACAUUCAGAAUAUAAUGAAUGUGGGAAUGCCUUGAGCCUGAGUAUAGACAUUCAGCACCCAGAAAGUCAUACCUUAGUGAACUCCUAUGAAUGCUAUCACUGUGGGAAAGCCUUCAGUCGGAGUUCAUCCGUUAUUCGACAUCAGAUCAUUCACACAGGAGAGAAACCCUAUAAAUGUAGUGAGUGUGGGAGAGUCUUCAACAGACGUACAAACCUUACUAAGCAUCAGAAGAUUCAUACUGAAGCAAAGGUCUUUGAAGGCAAUAAAUGUGGAGGAGCUUUCAGUGAGAGUAAAAACCAUAAUAAAAAUUCAAGAUUUUAUUCUGGAGAUAAUUCCUAUGAGUGUGUUAACUGUGGAAAAUCCUUCAGCCGGAGCUCCUCCCUUAUUCGACAUCAAAUGAUUCAUACAGGAGAGAAACCAUUCAAAUGUAAGGAAUGUGAGAAGACCUUCAAUAGGAGUUCAAACCUUAAAAAACACCAAAAACUUCAUACUCACGGGAAGGCCUAUGACAGGAAGAAACCCAGGAUUAACCUACAUCAAUGAAUUUUUACUGGAGAGAAUCCUGUGAAUAUAGUAAAUGCAAGAAAAUGUUUUUCAGGGAUUAUUCUUUAACUGACAGGACAGAAUUAUAUUAGAAAUGUUAUAUUGGACAGAAAUCUGUUUGAGGAGCUUUUCCAUGCUCCCAAAUGAAACCACAAAGGUUUGGAGUUUAAAUGUUGUGGAGUUUAAAUGUAUCACCCUACAAGUCUGCCUGUUGUGAUUCUGAUACCAUUGCCAUCAUCAUUUCUACUUCAUAAAUGGGAUCUAUGGCAUCCAUAUAUUCACCUGAAUUAUUGAAGUUGGGAGGAGCCAAGCAAUACCCUUGGAGUUGAUAUUUAAUAAAACUCAAGCUUUCAAUCCUUAUAAGAAGGUCAUGAGAAACCACGAGCUCACAAGAAUAUAGGAAAACUAUACUUUUGAAUUAACAGCAGAGACCACAGUGACAGCAAGUUGCUACAUCCUUGGUAAUAUCCUUGGCUGGUGUUGUGUAGGCCCUAGAGUUGGAGGAGGGUUAUCAACUGCAAUGGGAAAUGGAUUAACAAAUCUACACGUGGUCUUCAACUCUGCAUUUUUAAAAGUACUCUUUGCAUUCAAGGCUAGAGAGACAUCCAUAGCCUUGGGUCUAUCAUUUAUUUCAAACAUUAACAGGUCAAUAAAGUGUUGUAAUACUCUGCACUAGAA